UUUUGUUUAGUGUCUUUAGUUUAAUCUUUUCUAAAACAUCAUAACGAGUUUAUUUCAAGGAAUUUCCGUUUCUUGGUCUUUAAUAUAUUCCUUGCAAUUGUAUUAGUUUUUCAGAAUAAAAGUAGUCAUCCAUCUAAAUUUUUUUGGGCUAGAUUUUCAUUGAUUGUUAAAUCUUCAUUGCGUACAUAUUUAAGAUCUGUAUAUUUAUUUAUAAUCGAUGAUUCCGAUUCUAUCGUAGCAAAAUAAACAUUCAUUAUUAUAUAAAUUUUAUUGCUUGAUUUGAGUUAAUAGUUGAGAAACUGUUUAUUCUCAUGUCACUCUAAGCUUGGACUUUGUAUUCAAAUACUGAUAUUCAUACAUUGCCAUCAGCAUUGCAUUAUGAAUUAUAACAGUAUUUACAUCCACAUUAUGUUAAAUCAUUAUAUAGUCUUUGCUUUUAUCCUGUAUUCUUUUUUCAAUAUAAGUGAUGCCCAGACCUGUCCAAAAAACUGGGUUGAUUUUAAAGAUUCAUGUUACAAGUUUACAAGAGCACCCUUGAAAACACGUGAUGAAGCAGAAGCAAGCUGUAGAGCAUACAAUGCUGAUUUAGUAGCUGUUAAUACUUUAGAUGAACAUAAUUUCAUUAUUGGGUGGUUGAGACAAAAUGACCCACAACAUCGAAGAUGGUACACUAGUGGUCGGGAUGAUGGCGAUAAUGUUUGGAUUUGGGAUAGUGAUGGUAGCUUAUUCACUGAUAUUGAUGCAUUAUUUCUUCCCUUGCAGAAUACUUCUUAUUUGCGAUUUGCAGCUUACAAUUAUUCAGAUUUGGCAUAUAAAUGGGGAUUGCAGAAAGUAGACUCAACUGAAUUAAUGGCUUAUAUUUGUGAAAUAUCAAAGGAGAAGUUAAACCAGUUGAUUAUUACAGAAAGAGACAUUGAUUAUGGCUUGGUAGUUUUAGAUAAAGAAAAAAUUCCCCGUGGACCUUAUUUCAUUCAAGAACCACAACCAGUUACCUUUGAUCCAAAUAAUCGUAAAUUAGUCAAUGAUGUAGCUUUGAAAUGUGUUGCUUCUGGUUAUCCAACACCUAUUUAUAAGUGGUAUAGUGAAGAAUUCAAAAAUGAUGAGUUAGUUAGCCAUUGGGUUGACCCCUUGAGUGAUCCAAGAUAUACUCAGACAGAUGGUACUCUUAUAAUAAGUAAUCCUCAGCAAAAUCAAGAUCGAGGAAAUUACCACUGUACGGCAGAAAAUAAGUUUGGUGUUAUUGUCAGUCAAACGGUGCAGCUUAGCUUUGGUUAUAUUGGUGAAUUCAAUAAAAAGCGUUCUCCUGAUCGGGGCCGAGAAAAUUGGGGGAAAUCGAUUUCUUGUGAUCCUCCACAGUUUUAUCCAAGAGUUAAUUAUUAUUGGGUACGAAAUGUUUUUCCAAAUUUUGUGGAGGAAGACCAACGUGUGUUUGUAUCAUAUGAUGGGAAUUUGUACUUUUCAUCCCUAGAAAAAGUAGAUGCUGCUCGUUAUUCUUGUACUGUCCAGAGUAUAAUUUCAUCUUCUGGACGAACUGGUCCAUUUUUUGAUUUUACUGUUGAAUCUGCUUCAAGUGGACAAAAGUUGCUUUUCCCCAACAACUUUCCAAAAGCUUUUCCUGAUGCCCCAUUAGCUGGAGAUGAUGUGAGAUUAGAGUGUGUUGCAUAUGGCUAUCCUGUUCCAUCAUAUAACUGGACACGUAAAGGCUUUACAAGUGAGCUUCCUCAAGGUGCUUACACUCAAAGUUAUAACAGAAUACUUAUUCUUCCAAAAGUGAGAGUAGAAGAUGUUGGUGAUUAUUAUUGCACAGCCAGCAAUUCAUUAGAAUCCAUAACUAAAUCUGUGCCAUUACGUAUUCAAGCGAAACCUGAGUUUACAAUCCCAUUGGAACAUAAAGUUGUUGAUAAAGGCUCUGAUUUGUUGUGGACUUGUGAAGCAUUUGGAAAGCCUGAUGUUACUUAUACAUGGCUGAAAAAUGGCAAAGAACUAAAGCUAGAUUAUCUUGAUUCAAAUGAUAUUAAUAGAUAUCGUAUAUAUGAAAAUAUUUUAAGCAUUGAUAAUGUGAAUGAAAGAGAUCAAGGCAUGUACCAGUGUAAAGCAACAAAUCAUUUGGGUUCAUCUUAUUCAUCAGGACAACUCAGAGUGAUAACUAUGAAGCCCUCAUUUGCAAAAUUUCCGCUGAAUGAUGAAAUGUUUGCUGCAGAACAAGGAAAUAUAACAAUUCCUUGUCGUCCAGAAGCUGCACCAUUCCCUGAUUUUACUUGGAAAAGAAAUAAUAUUAUUUUAAGUUCAAAUUCAAGACUACGUAUCUUACCUAAUGGCUAUCUUCAUAUAAAUCCAGUUCAGCGAUCGGAUGAAGGACGUUAUACAUGUAUUGCUAAAAAUCAAUAUGGGUCUGAUUAUACUGAAGGAUUACUUAUAGUUCUGAGUUUACCAAGAAUGAUUGAUGCUCCAAAUCCAAAAGUGAAAUCCGUUGUAAAUGGCUCAGCAGAAUUGGCUUGCCAAGCAUAUGUUGGUAGUGAUAUGCUUGACCUAGCAUACAUAUGGUUGCAAAAUGGAUUAAGAAUUGACAUGGAAAAGCAACCUCAGUUUUCUGUUGGAAAAUAUCCUGGAUAUUUAAGGAUAGAAAAUAUAACUCUUGCAGAAGCUGGAAUCUAUCAAUGUAUAGUAAAAACUGCUGUUGGAAAAAUAUCAAAAUCAACUCAUCUUCUUGUGUAUGGUCCACCCGGUGCUCCUGGUGCUGUUCUUGCUGAAGAUCUUACUGCAACAUCUGGAACUAUUCAUUGGAGUGAUGGCUCUGCUAAUGGUGAUCCAAUUAUAGCUUACACAAUAGAAGGCAAAACUAAUCACAAUGCAACUUGGGUAAUUUUAAAAGAAAAAAUUGAAAAGUAUAAGAUUGAACAUGAAACUGGAAGGAAAAAAGUUCAAUUGUUUAAUCUGUCACCAUGGAGUGUUUAUUCCUUCAGAGUUUCUGCAGUCAAUUCAUUUGGUAAAGGAGAGCCCAGUCUGCCAAGCCCUCUUUACAAUACUGAAAUGGAUGUACCACAUGUUGCCCCAUCAAAUGUUGGUGGUGGUGGUGGAAAGACUGGAAGCUUGACUGUAACAUGGGAUCCAUUACCACCUCAAGAAUGGAAUGCUCCUGAAAUAUGGUACAAUGUAUCCUACAAGCCUGCUGAUUCGAAUAUUAAAUUCAUAGAGCUUUCUCUGAAGAAUCGACACAACAUUGGAUUGCAUGUCAUUAAUGUAGGAGAAGAAAACUAUUACAAACCAUAUUUAGUGAAAGUUCAGGCAAUUAACAAAGUUGGACCUGGGCCAUAUAGUGAUCCAGUUGAAAUCUACUCUGCUGAAAAUAUGCCACAAGUUACUCCUUCUCAAGUAUAUGCAUUACCAUUCAACUCUACUGCUUUGAAUGUAACCUGGUCACCACUAGAAUUGAACAGAGAAAAGAUCCGAGGCAAGCUGAUUGGCUACCGAAUUAAAUAUUGGCAAAAUGGUAAAGAUCCAGAAGCUGAUUCCCUUAUUUUGUUGAAACGAGGUCUUGAAAACUGGGGCUUAAUUGUUGGACUGCAACCUAACACUGAAUAUUAUGUAGCUGUGAUGGCAUAUAAUGAUGCCGGUAGUGGAGUGGAAAGUGAACCAUUUUUAGCUAGAACAUUCAAAGCUGCACCUCUACGGCCACCAACUAAUGUCGAAAUACGAACAAUUGGUCCAUACAGUAUACAGGUAUCUUGGAGAGGAGUGUUACCAUCUACAGAAGAAGAACCUAUUAAAGGUUAUAAGGUUCGAUAUUGGGAAUCUGAUCAAGAUAUGACAUCUGCUAAAGAGGUGGAAAGAUAUUUGGAUGGAAAUGAUCUGGAAGUAGUUGUGCCAGGGUUACAAUAUGGAAAAGCAUAUAAACUUAGGGUUCUGGCUUUCAGUAAUGGUGGUGAUGGAAAGAUGUCUUCACCAGUUUUAGAAUUUAGAAUAGGAGAAGAAACUGCAUCAUACCUCAAAACGAAUGCAGCAUCUGGUAUUCAUCUUUCUUUUGUGCCUUUAAAUUCAGCAGUGAUACUAUUCCUCGUCUUUCUAAAGCAUCAAUCAUUUUGGUUUGAUUAAAGGAUUUCAUUCUUAUAACUCUCACUCUUAGUGCCUUUGUAAUGAAUCUCAUUCAUUUAUUCACAAAUCUCAUUUAAAUGGCUAUUUGUAUUACAUCUCAUGAUCUCCCAGAUUUGUUGAUUCAUAUUAUUUAUAUUUUCUGUAGUUAAAAUUCUCUGGAUAUUUAAAGAUUUAUGAUUUAUUUAAAAGUUUAACGUAUUAUUCUGUAAUUUAUUUUGGGAAGAAUCUCAUUUUUAUCAAUUUGUGAUAAAUGCAAUAUUUAAAAUACUUGCAAAAUAAUUUGAAAUUUUAUCUUUUUUAAAAAAUUCAAUUUUGUAUUUCAUUAUAUUUUUUUCAUUACAUUUUAUUAACAGCAUUUAUUUCGGAAGUAUUUUUUUUUUCUAUGUUGUGUCGUAUAUAUAUAUAUAUAUAGUGUUUUUUGUCUUUUAAAUUUUUUUAUUUUAUAUAAUUAUCAUGCAUAGCUUUAUACUUUUUUUUUCCUUCUAAAUAUUUAUGUAGGAGAGUGUUUCUACUUUUAUUGGGAUUUUUAUUAUUUUUAUUGUGAUUUUUAUGUAUAUGAACUCUUUCAUUUUCUUUUUUUGGUAUUUUAGGCACAGUAGAUAUAGAAAUACUGACUUUUUUAUGAGUUAUUGCAAAGAUAAUUUUAUAUUUUAAGAUCAUUCUGUUAUUCAGAUCUGAUAUUUCUAAACUAACACCUUAUAUUCUUAUUAAAGAAGGUUUAUGACAGCAAUGAGCUUCUGAGUUCAGUUGUUUAUUAUAAUCCAAAUGUUUAAAAUAGUUAAAUUUAAUCCCAUUUAUGUAAAAUUUUCUCUAUAUAUAUAUUUGUAUUGAAAAUACAUCACUAUUAAACUUAUGAAAUUCUUUGUAAUAUAAAAAUUCUGGAUUAAAUAAUAAGCUUUAAUCAACUUUUUCUUACAUACAACUCACACUCUUUUUGCCAACUGAUUAUAUAUUUGAAGGAUGAAAUCAUAGUUUAAUAUUUCAUUUUAACAAAUUAUUUGUGGAAAAUCUGGAGUAAUUUUGAUUUGUUUAAUUUAUAUAUUUCCCCCCCCCCUCCAAAAAAAUUAUUUAAAUAUCAGAUACCCUCUAAAAAUAUCUUCUGUUUAUAGCUUUUGAUGCUUAUGAGAUGAAUAUAUUUUAUUAUACAUGUUAUAAUCUUCAAUAUUUUUUGUUCCCUUUUAUUAAAUUUAAUAAUAAAAAGAAUGUGGCAAAGCUUGUUAAUAAAAGGCAACAAAUGAAAAGAUGACCUCAGUGUGUAAGUUAUUAUUUAUAUUGCAGUCAUUUUAGAUGAAAAAUAAUUGCAUAUUUUGUUAAUCAAAAUUUUAUUUUAUUUUUUCAUAAAAUUAUGUCUAGUCUUGUUUUUGUUAGGGGUUUAACUUGGUUACAUAGGUUGCUACAAAAAUUGAGUAUUUUUUAUUCAUAUAUAUGUUACUAAAAAAAAUUAUAAUUUUAUUCUUAUAUAAUUUAUUACAUUCCAUUUAUUGCAUGCAGUGAUUGUUUUUAUUGUUAUUAUUAUUUUCUUUUUCUUUUUUGUCUUUUCAAAUAUGAAUGAUUGUUCUAUUUUGAAAUUUUCAUAUUGGUGAAAGUAACCGUCCAUAAAUUAGUCCUCAUUUAUGAUUUUGUGUUCAUUUUGUGAGUUUUUGUUUUUUCAUCUAAAUUGGUGCAUAUAUUGAUCUAAUUAUAUUUUGAUAAAAGUUGUAUUUUUUAUUACUGUUUUUAUAUAUUAUUCAAAAGAUAUUAUGAAAUCAUGGCUUUCAAAUUUAAGUUUAGGAUAUUUUUAAAUGAUUAAUUUCCUUGAAUACAUUCCAAUUCUUAAAAAAUCAUAUAUUUGCAUGUUGAAUUUGCUUUGAAAUUAUGUAGUAAACACUGUUUAUGGCAGUUUUGUUCGAAAACUUAAAUAUGAUGAAGAAUACUGCAUAUAACUGAUGUACAAAGUUAGAAACUGUUGAGUUUCUCCCAGUUUCAUGCACAAACAUUAAGUGAUAAGGCUAAAUGCAACACUGAAAUCCGUCCAUUAUAUGCAUUCUAUUUUUGUAAUGAAACUAAAAUUAAGGGAAUACUUUGUUUCUCAUAAUACAUUUAUAAAAAGUAUAUAAUUAGUCAAGAAAAAUAUGUAGAUACUUUACUUCCCAGUGAAAAGUGUAUUUUAUUUUCCGUAAAUAUGUUUAUAUGUGCAUUUGUAUAUUUUUUAUUGAAGCUCAACAUCUGUGUGAACUAUAUUCACAUGUUUUCUUAUGAUA